UCAGGUACUCGUCGGUCAUUUACUCAGAAUCUCUCUCUCUCGAUCUCUAAAAUUUUACUCGUUUUCUUUUUUUCCCUCUCAUUUCAUACAUCACUCAAAUACCGAUUUUUCUCUGCAACAAUCCAAUCCUCCAUUGAAGCUCCAUUCCAGAUCUGUGAAAUGCUUCUCUGAUCUCCGCGUCUCAGGUCGUCUCUCUCUCGGAGCAGCUCUGAUCGUCUUCCAAAAAUGGUGAUUUUUGGUCCUGUAACUCCUGGCCAGGUUUCGUUUUUGCUUGGGAUUAUACCUGUGAUUGUUGCUUGGAUUUACGCCGAGUUGUUGGAGUACAAGAAGAAGAAUCCGGUUCCUGUUAAAGUUAGGCAUUCUGACAUCAAUUUGACUGAGGUGACAAAAGAGGCGGUUAAAGAUGAACAAAAGGAUGCUUUGUUGGAGGCGGGUGGGAUGCAGACAGCUGCCUCUCCUACGGCUCGAAAUCCGUCUACUUCAUCUCCAUUGAUCAGGUUCCUUUGCAUGGAUGAGACUUUCUUGUUGGAAAACCGAUUAACACUUCGAGCCAUAUCUGAAGUUGGUUUCCUUUUAACAUAUUACUACCUAUGCGAUCGGACCAAUUUCUUUAACUCGUCAGAGAAGAGUUAUAAUCGAGAUCUCUUCCUGUUUCUUUACUUCCUCCUCAUCAUAGUUUCAGCAAUGACUUCUUUUACAAUACAUGAUGACAAGUCAUCGUUUACGGGGAAGUCCAUACUUUAUUUGAAUAGGCAUCAAACUGAGGAGUGGAGAGGGUGGAUGCAGGUUUUGUUCUUGAUGUAUCACUACUUUGCUGCAAAAGAAAUUUACAAUGCAAUUCGAGUAUUCAUUGCUGCAUAUGUUUGGAUGACUGGAUUUGGAAACUUUUCAUAUUACUAUGUCCGCAAGGAUUUCAGCUUGGCAAGAUUUGCACAGAUGAUGUGGCGGCUUAAUUUCCUGGUUUUCUUGUGCUGCGUUGUCCUAGACAACAGUUACAUGCUAUACUACAUUUGCCCCAUGCACACUCUGUUCACCCUUAUGGUUUACGGGGCACUUGGUAUUCUGAACAAGUAUAACGAGAACAGUUCAGUCAUAGCGCUAAAAAUCAUCUCUUGCUUCUUUGUGGUUAUCGUGGUAUGGGAAAUACCUGGAGUGUUUGAGUUGGUCUGGAGCCCAUUCACUUUCUUUCUCGGUUACGCAGAUCCAGCUGCAAAAACACAGGUUCACCCCUUGCAUGAGUGGCAUUUUCGGUCAGGACUUGAUCGAUACAUAUGGAUAAUUGGAAUGAUAUAUGCUUACUUUCAUCCAACCGUUGAAAGGUGGAUGGAGAAACUGGAGGAAGCGGAGGUGAAGCGAAGAAUAUCAAUUAAAGCGGCUGUGACUCUGAUUUCACUAACGGCGGGGUAUCUGUGGUUUGAGUAUAUAUACAAGUUGGACAAACUGACUUACAAUAAAUAUCAUCCUUAUACGUCAUGGAUUCCGAUAACGGUGUAUAUAUGUUUGCGAAAUGUGACUCAACAGUUUCGCGGCUAUUCUUUAACCCUUUUCGCAUGGCUUGGAAAGAUAACACUAGAGACUUACAUCUCGCAAAUACAUAUCUGGUUAAGAUCCGGUGUUCCAGAUGGUCAGCCUAAAUUGUUGCUUUCCCUGAUUCCGCAGUACCCAUUGUUGAACUUCAUGCUCACUACUGCCAUAUACGUAGCUAUUUCCUACAGACUUUUUAACCUUACAAAUAUAUUGAAAAUGGCGUUCGUUCCCAGUAAAGAUGACAAGCGGCUCAUCUCCAACUUGGUCACGGCCGUGGCAUUAUCAUGUGUCUUGUACUCCUCGUCGUUUGUGUUCUUAAAUGUCUCUUCCUUGCUGGUUUGAGGACUGAGAAAAUGUAGAGUUUGGUAAAGAAGGCCUCUCGCUUCAAAACCAGUUUCGUUAAACACUUGGAAUAAUAUUAUUCUAAUGGUCAAGACUCAAGACAUUGCCUCAAUGAGACUCCAAUUGAGAUGGAUUCACCACCAACUUUUGAAUGGGGUCAUAAAUAUUUUUUUUUUUUUUUUUUUUUUAAAUUUUUUUUUUUUUUUUUUU